AGCUUGCUCAAGCCAUUGCAGCAGAACGGGGCAUACCUGGGCUUGGCGAUUAGCUGGGCCAGGUAUACGGUAUACCUGAUCAAGGUUGACCCUUGUAUGCGUGGUAUAGAAAGCAUGCAGUCCUAUUCCGGGAUGAAGCCUCUGGACACUGAUGACAUUGACACCAGUUCUGAGCUCUCUGCCACGGAAAGGUUGCUGCAUGUGGACUUGCAGCUGAACACGCACAGCGCGGGGUUGUUAGCGGUGGCACAGGCCACAGAUGCCGGCUACAUUGAAGAGUUUGGACGGGCCCAGGCCCUUGGACGCUUAGCCAACGGCCUGAUCCUUUUCACGCUCGGCAGCGCCUUUCAAGCGGUGCUGGUUGCCUUGCUUAUCCUCUUUUCUGAAGAGCGCAUGCAGGACCCCUAUGAGAAAGCGGGCACGGCGCGCAUGACGCAGGAGCUGCAAGAUGCCAUGAACACGAACACGCCUUUACACGAGUCAGAUCCUACUUUGGCCAUGUGCAAGCAGGAUCACUCCGUUCCCUUCUCCCAGUCUUUGGUCAUUUUUAUUUGGAUUUGUAGGCUGGGCCCAUCGAUCACGACCGCGCUUUGGACUUUGCUGGCCAUCAUCCAGGUCUCCUCCAACCACUCGACCAACAUUGGCCAUGACAAGGAGAAGGCGCAGAUCAAGAGCCUGCCUUGCACCACCAAAUUUCUCACGCUGCUCUUCAUCCAAGUGCCCGUGGUAAUCCUGCACGUUGUGCUGCUUUGGGCUGGCAUGAAGUUCCUCAUGUACUGUGAUGCUCUGGGGAAGCUGGUGGUGAAGGCCAUGAGCGUGGCAUAUGUGGAGACCAUCCCAUCUAUUGUGUUUGUUGGGCUAUCCUCUGCGGUGUUCAGAGCGGAAGUGGGCAAGUCCCAGCUGUCAUUGAGGAUGCGACAUACUGAUGACAGCUGGUUUGGUGGUAUGCUAAAGAUUCUCAUCUCGGUGGCGCUGUCCCUAUGGUACUGCCGGAUAUACCACGCAAGCUUGCAAAACUUCAGGCUGGCGUGCUUCCAGUACAAGUAUCAGUUCGUUUUCCCCGUCUGCGACUGCGGCCUGGACUUCUUCGGCUUUCACUUGGCGAACUGAGUGGUCAAGCCACUGACGUCAUAUCAAUUGUUCGGCGCUCAUCUUCGAUUACUUGAUCGAAUUCGUAAUGAUCCAUGAAAUUUUGAAAAAAAA